AACAGAAUAUUUGUUUGCAUGUAAAUGUUAUCUUGACAUAUCAGAUGUUUUGUUUACAUUAAUGUAUUACUGGCUGUGAACAUAAGUAUCUUUUCAAGGUGGACAUUUUUUGCCAAAUAGUCAUUGAAAAAUGCAAGCACUCUUCAUGUAUAUGUGCAAAUUAACAUUUUAAGGCAAUGACUGACCUGAAUCUGUACUACCAAUAUUGUAGAAAUACCGAUAAUAUUUCAUCUUCACAAUUUUGGCACUGCCAUCUUGACAACACUAUCACAGCCAACAGGGAACGUUCUCAAAACCUUAGCUAGAGAGGAACAUUGAUGUUGAAACACCAUUAUGUUGUGCUUUCGAUGCUGGUGUUUUACACCUAAUUUAACCAGCAAGCCUCUUUUGUUCUGCCAGCAUUGUCACCUCUAAACUGACAUUUUUUACAGGAAUCUUUGAGAAAUGGAAUCUUUCACAAUCCACGCUGAUGUUUGAUUGUUUGGUUAACAAACCUUUGUGGUUAGAAAGGUGGUUCAAAUCUAGCAAAAGUUUAUCCAUGUAAUAUCAUUGUGUCCUUGAUCAAACUAUGAACCUCAGGACCUGAACUUGCAAGAACUGCACUGAAAGACUCUGUGGAGAGAAGCAGCUAUAAAAGGCCAAAUGUGUGUUUAUGUAAUGUGUUUUUAUAUUAUGAUUGUUACUGGCUGCUGCUGCACAAGCUGUUUACUGGUGUUAAUCAUCUGAAUCAUGUUUUAGUCACAUUUCACAAACACGUUUGUUUUAUUUAAUAUAGAUUUAAGAUGUUUGUUACUUCCACUGAAUGUCAUAAUUGUUGGAAUAUGCUGAAGUUAUUAUUAUUUUUUUAUUAUUAUUUUUUUAACAAAAGUGUUAAGUAUCACAUUUUGCCAUUUGAGAUGCUGAUUAGGUUUUUUACUGCAAAGUCCGUGCAUUUCACAUGAGGAGGAAUAUGGAGACCUGGGGGGUGUUUAAGAAUGUCAUCACUGUGUGAUGGAAAUUAUCUCCUGCACUUGAACAAGAAUAGAUUGUCAGAGCUGUUUCCAGAGUCAUCCGUGUAAAGAGCUCCUUAAUUGCCUACUGACCACUGAAGAGUAAGGUUCUUACAAGAGCAAUAGGAUUUAGAAAUUCCAUCAUGGUGCCUGUUUUUGUAAUUAAAUAUUUAUAAGAAACAUUUCUGUAUCAUAGCUGAAGUACUGUAAUAGGCCAAACUCCUCAAAAGCUUGUAACACAAGCUCUGUAAGAGACGAUAUUUGUGUAUGUGUGUUUUGAGAAGAAUAUCUUGAGUUUUUAGUGUUUUUUUGUCUUUUAAAAAAAUAUAAACUAUAUACUAUACACAAAUAUUUUGCCUCUACAAAGGCUUUUUUUUUUUUUACAAUGGAGAAAACUUGAAAGAUCUGUGUGUUCAUGUGAUAAAUGGCAUUAAAACACUGGAUUCCACAGCUGAAAUCUGUGAAUUUGUUGUGAUUUUAGAGUUUGUAAACAGAAAUAACUGAGCUAAGCUAAAACUCAGUAGCUUCGAAAUUCCUUCAAAUCUAUGCUAGUCAUACUGACACCUUAAACACACUCAUAAACAGAAAACAGCAACACACCUCCAGUAAUACCACACUUUCAUACAGAACCUGUUCAACCCAACAGCUCAAACAACAUUUAUAUAUAUAUAUAUAUAUAUAUAUAUAGAGAGAGAGAGAGAGGUUUCUCAAACAACCAACACAUGGCGCCAUUUAUCAGUUAAAUCAAUAUCAUAAAAUUGGUGGCCACAGCAUGGUGUUGUCAGUCCUGUCUUGUGUUUCCCCUCCUCUCAUGCCCAUAUUUGGUUUGUUCCUGUUCCUGUCAUUAUGAGUUCUUUAGUCUCCAGCCGUAUUUGAUUUGUUCCCCACCUGUUACAGUUCUCCUCGUUUGAUUUUGUUCCAUUUAUAAGCCCUGUGUUUCCCUGUUGUCUUGUCAGUUGUUAAUUGUCUUCUUGGAUGUCCCAUGUAUCCUGUGUUCCUGAGUUGAUAAUAAAGUUUCAGUUUUGGUUAAGUUCCUGGUCUCCGCGUUUCCCUGGAUCCAGAGAGAAUCGUGACAGAACAGCUGACCUAAAAACGUAACCUUCUGUUUUCCCCCCGUUUUUUUUUUGUUCCUGUUUUUUGUUUUUCACAGCAGCCAGAGUAAAGCUGACAUUACAAAGUGAAGAGUCAGAAGCCCAACUAAAGCAAACGCUUAUCUCCACAAUGGUGACUUCAAACUUGAUUAAUUGCAAUAAAAUAUCAACAUCGAAACCUCUGUUAAUUCUCAAUAAGAAGUUUUGUAUGAAAUAAAUAAAGUCAGACUGGUUUGUAAUAAGUGAAGAUGCUGAGAUCUAGAGAGAUCUGUUAGUGUUUAAUGUUUUUUUGGGAUCUAAAGGGUUACUGUUGUCUGUGUUUUGUGGGUCACCAUUGUGCUGAAGAGUAGAGUGUGUGCUUCAGUCCAGGAGAAGACCGAGAAACAAAUAUUAUGUUGAAUGUAUUUUUAUUUAAACUCAAUAACUGUAGAGUUGUUGAUGUAGUGAUAGUUAUUAGUUUUUGCACGUGUGCUGUUGUUAGAUGAUGGCAAAAAAAAGUUUCACAGAGAGUGUUUUUCACAAUUAUAAUCCAGACAAUACCUGUAAAGUAAGAAAAACAUAAGAAAAAAAUAGGAUGUUGUACCUUAAUUUUACAGUUUUUGUUUGGCAGCUGCUUCUGCCAUUCAUUGACUAUUUUUUUUAAAAACGUUCUUUAACCGUUAUUUCCAUUAAUGGUAAACGCUUGGCACCCUGUGCUGCCAAGCAUUUCACUGUUUUUUUACAUUUAAUUUUUUACAGUGUAGGCCUACUAAUUAAUGCCAUUUUGUUAUAUUCAUAUUUUAUACUUAAUAAUUUUUUUUUUUUUUUAAAGAUUAAUGAAAGUUCACUUUUAAGCAAAUAAAUGCACAAAUACGUCGCACACCGGACGAGAAGCGCAGUGCUGUGUCAAGAACAACUCACAGUUAUCUCACCCAGUUCAAGACAGCAGUCCAAAACGGUUCAUAGAAAAGUCCACUUCAGGAAUUAAUAAAGUUGCGUCGACAAGUUUGAGGUACGGUGUUUGAUUUAACAGAGCACAGAAAGAGAAAGCGCGAUCAUGGAUAGCUUUCUAAGUAGCCUAUACAGACAGAAAGACAAACGUUGUGCUGAAAGAUGCACAGUACACAAUCUUCCAGAUUAGGACGUUACAAUAACAAUUAAUUGGGACAAAUAUAAUGUGAUUUUAUGUAUAACUAUGUGAUAGCGCUCUCUGGUGCGGCAGGACUUUGAACAGCGUCCUGACUCGCCGCGGGCAAUAUUUAACUAGUUAUGUAACCUAAAGCAAACUGUCAGCUAAAAUAUCCACAAAACAAAAAAUCAACACUGAAAUAAGAACGUGCGGUAUAUCUGUCAAUCAGACAGGCGUGAAAGUUGUGUUCGUUACUACAUCAACAGUAGAGUUUUCUUUCUGAAUCUACCUGGAUUCUGCUGUUAUGUCCACAUGUCAAACGCAAAUCUACGCCCUUGGCUACAGAGCAUUCAGAACUGUCCGUUUUGACCGUAAAGUACACUCCUCCCCUCAUUGCAGCCACCUGUAUAAUCUUCAUCUGCUUCGACAUCGAGGUAGAAAAAAAGGCGGAACAUUUGUGUAUCAAAAUCUGCAUUAAUUUUUUUCUUUUCUUUUCUUCUUCUUUUUAAGGACAAACGGUGAAAAUGAGGCUUCUGUUUAGUUUGCCCUUGCUCUGGUGUUUUCUAGAUGGUGCUUCUGGUUUUGGUGCAGACAGAGAGGUAGUGUUUGUGAUGGAGGGAGAUUCAGUCACUCUGCACACUGGUGUUAAAACAAACCAACAAGAAAAGAUCAUAUGGUAUUUUAAUGCCAUUCGCAUCGCUGAAAUCACUGGCAAUCAGAGUAAGAUCUGUACAGAUGAUCAGUGUAAAGAGAGAUUCAGAGACAGACUGAAGCUGGAUCAUCAGACUGGAUCUCUGACCAUCAUGAACACCAGAAUCACAGACUCUGGAGAAUAUAAAUUGAAGAUAAUCAACAGCAAUAGUGACAGUGAUAAGAUCUUCAACGUUUUUGUUCAUGAUGUUCCUGCUGCUGAACGAGAUGAAAUGAAGAGAAAGGAGGGAGAUUCUGUCACUUUAUAUCCUGGUGAAAUUAAAAAACAAAUUUAUUUGAUGACGUGGUAUUUUAAUGACAUUCUCAUCGCUGAAAUCUCUGGAGGUUUCAGUAAGAUCUGUACAGAUGUUCAGUGUGAUGAGAGAUUCAGAAACAGACUGAAGCUGGAUCAUCAGACUGGAUCUCUGACCAUCGUGAACACCACAAACAAAGACUCUGGAAAUUAUACACUACGAACCGACAGCAGCAGAUUCAGUAUCAUCAGGAGAUUCAGUGUUACUGUCACUGAUUCAGGUCUGUCUUCAGCUGCUAUUAUUAGUGGUGUUACUGCUGUUGUUCUGUUGCUGGCUGCAAUUGGUGUGAUUUACUGUUGGCACAAAUCAAGACAAAAUGGAACCAGGGUGCUGCACAGUUAUGACAAGUGUAAUGAUACAGAAUUACAGCCCCAAAAUCAGACUGCCAUUAUGGGGACAGAAGUCACAUCCCAGACGGACGUUGCUAAUGGGAUGUCCCUUAAUCAGACCGAGACUUCACAGAUGCAUAUUGCUAAUAGAGCAUCCCUUAAUCAGACAAAGACUCCACAGACAGAUGUCACUAAUGGGACAACCCUUAAUCAGACUGAGACUCCACAGACGGAUGUAUCUAAUGGGACAUCCCUUUAUCAGACUGAGACUCCACAGAUGCAUAUUGCUAGGAUGUCCCUUAAUCAGACAAAGACUCCACAGACCGAUGUCUCUAAUGGGACAUACCUUAAUCAGACUGAGACUCCACAGACGGAUGUUUCUAAUGGCUCAUCCCUUAAUCAGACUGAGACUUCACAGAUGCACAUUGCUAGGAUGUCCCUUAAUCAGACCGAGACUCCACAGACGGAUGUUGCUUAUGGGACAUUACUUAAUCAGACCGAGACUCCACAGAUGCAUAUUACUAAUAGAACAUCCCUUAAUCAGACAAAGACUCCACAGACAGAUGUCACUAAUGGGACAUCCCUUAAUCAGACUGAGACUCCACAGACGGAUGUCUCUAAUGGGACAUCCCUUAAUCAGACUGAGACUCCACAGAUGCAUAUUACUAAUAGAACAUCCCUUAAUCAGACAAAGACUCCACAGACAGAUGUCACUAAUGGGACAUCCCUUAAUCAGACUGAGACUCCACAGACGGAUGUCUCUAAUGGGACAUCCCUUAAUCAGACUGAGACUCCACAGAUGCAUAUUACUAAUAGAACAUCCCUUAAUCAGACAAAGACUCCACAGACAGAUGUCACUAAUGGGACAUCCCUUAAUCAGACUGAGACUCCACAGACAGAUGUCUCUAAUGGGACAUCCCUUAAUCAGACUGAGACUUCACAGAUGCACAUUGCUAGGAUGUCCCUUAAUCAGACCGAGACUCCACAGAUGCAUAUUGCUAAUAGAACAUCCCGUAAUCAGACUGAGACUCCACAGACGGAUGUCUCUAAUGGGACAUCCCCUAAUCAGACCGAGACUCCACAGGCGGAUGUUGCUUAUGGGACAUUACUUAAUCAGACUGAGACUUCACAGACGAAUGGUGCUUAUGGGACAUUAAUUAAUCAGACUGAGACUCCACAGAUGCAUAUUGCUAAUAGAACAUCCCUUAAUCAGACUGAGACUCCACAGACGGAUGUCUCUAAUGGGACAUCCCCUAAUCAGACCGAGACUCCACAGGCGGAUGUUGCUUAUGGGACAUUACUUAAUCAGACUGAGACUCCACAGAUUCAUAUUGCUAAUAGAACAUCCCUUAAUCAGACAAAGACUCCACAGACAGAUGUCACUAAUGGGACAUCCCUUAAUCAGACUGAGACUCCACAGAUGCAUAUUACUAAUAGAACAUCCCUUAAUCAGACAAAGACUCCACAGACAGAUGUCACUAAUGGGACAUCCCUUAAUCAGACUGAGACUCCACAGACGGAUGUCUCUAAUGGGACAUCCUUAAUCAGACUGAGACUCCACAGAUGCAUAUUACUAAUAGAACAUCCCUUAAUCAGACAAAGACUCCACAGACAGAUGUCACUAAUGGGACAUCCCUUAAUCAGAACUGAGACUCCACAGACGGAUGUCUCUAAUGGGACAUCCUUAAUCAGACUGAGAUUACGCAGAUGGAUGUCAAUAAUGGACGGCCCUUUUGAAGACUUCUUCUUCAAUGGACGCUUACUAUCUUCCUGGUGCAGCUGA